CGGGGCUCGAGUCAGUGGGUUGUCAGAGGAGAGUGCAGGCAACUUGGCGCUAGCUUGUACACAGUCUAGCUCCAGGCGGUGCUUGAAAGCGAGAAGUGCGACUGAGCCUACAGCAUCUUCUCACAUUUCAUCGUGUGGACAGAGGCGCCUGCCUUUCGGAGGGUUGUUUGUGUUGCUGCGUGUGUUUCGUCGUGCCGGAUAUCGCAGUUGGAUGUUUUUUUUCCCCAUUUGUGGGGUCAGUGCAGUAACCGCGUACAUGUCGCGGAGUUUUCACACAACCCCGCGGCUUUCCUGUUUAGAUGCGGGACUGGGAAGCCGAGCUGAGUCCAGCCCAGCCCUUCCGCUCUCAUGGCUCGUUAGGAGCAGAAGCGGAGCUGCUUGACUUAGCUCUCCCAUCGAGGCUGGCCCCACGCUCGCAGUUCCCGAGCUGAUGUUCGCUUGACAAGCUCCCGGGAGGAGACGGACGUCAUUACGGUGCCAUUUGGAUUGUGUAGCACCGGUGCACCAUGUAUUCGGAGUGGCGGUCUCUGCACCUGGUGAUUCAGAAUGAUCAGGGCCAUAUGAGCGUUCUGCACAGCUAUCCUGAGAAUGUUGGUCGGGAUGUGGCAAAUGCUGUGGUGCGACCACUCGGGCAGAUCUUAAAUACACCCUCUGCUGUGGGAACUGAGAGUAUCCUUAAAACGGAUAAAGAGGUUAAGUGGACAAUGGAGGUUCUGUGUUAUGGCUUGACUUUGCCGCUCGAUGGGGACACAGUAAAGCAUUGUGUGGACGUGUAUACUGACUGGAUCAUGGCACUGGUGGCUCCCCGAGAGUCAAUUCCUCCUCCGGUUAUCAAGGAACCAAACCUUUAUGUGCAGACUAUUCUGAAAAAUCUCCAAAACCUCUUUGUGCCCAGGCAAGAUCAUGCCCCCAAUCAAUUCAGGCUAUGUCAACAGGUGCUGACAGCAGUGCAGAAGCUGGCCAGGGAGUCUGUCACAAUGAUAAGAGAGACCUGGGAGGUGCUGUUGCUUUUUCUGUUGCAGAUCUGCGAUACGCUUUUGGCGCCUCCUACCAUGCCAGGUGGAAUUGCUGAGAGUUUGGCAGAAAAGCUGAUAAGUGUUCUAUUUGAAGUGUGGUUUUUGGCUUGCACAAGAUGUUUUCCCACACCUCCUUACUGGAAGACUGCCAGAGAGAUGCUAGCCAACUGGAGACAUCAUCCAGCUGUGGUGGAGCAGUGGAGCAAAGUCAUCUGUGCUUUGACCUCCAGAUUAUUGAGAUUUACAUAUGGUCCCUCAUUUCCUCCCUUCAAAGUUCCAGAUGAAGAUGCAAAUCUAAUUCCUGCAGAAAUGGACAACGACUGCAUUGCCCAGACGUGGUUUCGCUUUUUGCACAUGCUCAGUAACCCUGUGGAUCUCAGUAAUCCGGCCAUCAUCAGCUCAACACCCAAAUUUCAAGAGCAGCUGUUGAAUGUCAGUGGUGUUCCUCAUGAAGUCAUUCAGCAUCCCUGCCUCAAACAGUUGCCUCAGAUAUUCUUCCGUGCAAUGCGUGGGAUCAGCUGCCUAGUGGAUGCUUUCCUAGGAAUUUCUCGGCCCAGGUCAGACAGCGCUCCACCGACACCAGUAAACAGACUCACCAUGCCUCAAACCACUUCUACAGCCAACACUACCCCACCGCACAGCCGGAGACAUCGGGCUGUCACUGGUAACAAGACGACCAUGAAAACCACUUCAGGCAACACCACCCACAUUCCAAAAGUUCAGCAUCAGACAUCAACCAGUUCACCACUGUCUAGUCCAAAUCAGACUUGCUCAGAGCCACGUCCACUGCCAGCACCAACAAGGCCAAAGGUCAACAGCAUCCUCAACCUCUUUGGCCAGUGGUUGUUUGAUGCAGCGUUGGUUCACUGUAAGCUGCAUAAUGGAAUGAACAGGGACAGCAGCAUGACUGCAUCUUUUAUCCAAAUUCUUCUUUCUUAUAAAUCUUCUUUAGCAGCCCAGGCUACUGCAGAAUUCCGUCGAAAAGGAUCACAGAUGUCCACUGACACCAUGGUCUCAAAUCCCAUGUUUGAUGCCAAUGAAUUCCCAGACAAUUAUGAAGCUGGAAGGGCAGAAGCCUGUGGUACACUGUGUAGAAUAUUCUGCAGUAAGAAGACUGGAGAGGAAAUACUGCCUGUAUAUCUCUCGAGGUUUUACAUGGUGUUAAUUCAAGGUCUGCAGAUAAGUGACUUCAUUUGUCGUCCUGUACUUGCCAGUAUCAUUAUGAACUCUUCUGCUCUCUUUUGCACUGACUUGAAAGGAAUUGAUGUGGUUGUUCCUUACUUCAUUUCAUCUUUGGAAAUAAUUCUGCCUGACAGGGAGCUUUCUAAAUUUAAGGCUUAUGUGAACCCCACAGAGCUAAGAAGAUCCUCCAUCCUUCUUCUUUUGUCAAUGCUUCCACUUCCACAUCAUUUUGGGAAUGUUAAAUCAGAGGUGCUUUUGGAAGGAAAGUUCAGCAACGACGAAAACUCCUCACAUGACAAGCCCGUCACCUUUUUGUCACUAAAGCUUAGGCUGGUUAAUAUUUUGAUAGGAGCAUUGCAAACUGAAACGGACCCCAGUAAUACCCAGAUGAUUUUAGGUGCAAUGUUAAACAUUGUUCAAGAUUCAGCACUCUUGGAGGCGAUAGGAGCCCAGGCAGAAAUGGGCAGCAGUGAUGGAAGCCACGGGACCUCAAAGAGUCACAGCCGCAACAACAGUGGGAUCAGUACGGCCAGUGGAAGCAGCUUGGAGGCCAUGACUCCAGACAGUGAGAGACCUGCCCAGGCGCUGCUCAGAGAUUAUGCUCUUCAUACAGAUACGGCCGCGGGACUGCUGAUCCGCAGCAUCCAUCUGGUAACGCAGCGACUCAACGUGCAAUGGAGGUCGGACAUGAGCAUCUCACUGGCUGCGCUGGAGCUUCUGGCGGGCUUAGCCAAGGUGAAGGUCAUCGUUGAGUCUGCAGACCGCAAGCGAGCUGUCAGUUCAAUCUGCAGUUAUAUUGUGUAUCAGUGCAGCCGUCCAGCUCCUCUACACUCCAGGGAUCUUCACUCCAUGAUUGUGGGAGCAUUCCAGUGCCUGUGCAUCUGGCUGACCGAGCAUCCUGAUCUGCUGAAUGAGAAGGAUUGCCUUAUUGAAGUGCUGGAAAUUGUAGAGCUAGGAAUUUCAGGCAGCAAAUCCAAGGUUGGCGACCAAGAGGUGCGCUACAAAAGCGAUAAAGAGCACAAUCCUGCCUCGAUGAGAGUGAAGGAUGCAGCAGAAGCUACCCUGACCUGUAUUAUGCAGCAGCUGGGAGCCUUUCCUUCACCCAGUGGGCCAGCUUCACCGUGUAGCCUGUUAAAUGAGGACACUUUAAUCAAGUACUCCAGGCUGGGCUCAACGAGCCGUAGCAACUUCCGCUAUUUUGUGCUGGACAGCUCUGUCAUCUUAGCCAUGCUGGAGCAGCCACUGGGCAAUGAACAGAACCCCUGUCCUUCCCUAACUGUGCUAAUACGAGGAAUGUCAGGGAGACACGCCUGGACUAUGCAGCUGUACCACCAGCCCAGAGGAGCUCGAGCCAACCAGAAGCAGGUCUUCGUUCCAGAGGGUCGACCAACUCCAAACAACAGUGUUGGCACAAAGUUUAAUGUGAAACACAGGCCAUUCCCAGAAGAGGUUGAUAAAAUUCCAUUUGUAAAAGCAGAUCUGAGCAUCCCUGAUUUGCAUGAGAUUGUCAGCACUGAGCUGGAAGCCCAGCAUGAGAAACUGAGGAACGUAAUGGUGAAGCAGAUCGAGUACGAGGUAGCUCUGGAGCAACAGACUGAUGAACUUUGGAAAGCCAAAACCUUCCCUGACCCACUGACAGACUGCAAACCACCUGCUCCAGCACAGGAAUUCCAGACAGCUCGGUUAUUUCUCUCCCACUUUGGCUUUCUCUCCCUCGAAGCACUCAAGGACCCUGGAAACAGCCGCUUACCACCUCAUUUAAUUGCCCUGGACUCUUCCAUCCUUGGCUUCAAUGAUGAUAUUGACUACCUGGAUAUGCUGCCUUGCCGUCCAUUUGAUACUGUCUUCAUAUUCUACAUGCGAGCGGGACAGAAGAGCAGUCAAGAGAUUAUGAGGAAUGUGGAGAGGUCAUCAAACGUCCAGAAUCAUUUCUUGGAGUUCUUGAUGUCCCUUGGAUGGCCUGUUGAUGUGGGGAGACAUCCUGGCUGGACAGGCCAUGUUGAUACUAGCUGGUCAAUAAACUCCUGUAAUAAUGGCAGCGAAUCUCAGGUGGCAGGUGAGAAGACACCAAGUACAGCAGAUGAUUCUGUCACCUUUGAUGACACAGGGGGUGGCAUCUUCAAUGGAGAACGGAAAGUGCUCUACUAUGCUGAUGCCCUGACAGAGAUUGCUUUUGUUGUCCCAACAAUAUUGGAGACCUUUCCUUAUGAAACUAUAUCUGAUGGAGCUCACCUGCUGCUGUCCGAUUCUUCAGAAAGUAAUUUCUCCACUCAUGAAAGUGACUCUCAGAUGGACCUGUGCUCUUGUCUACUUAAACAGUCCAAUCUGACGCUGGAGCUCUUUCCAAACCACUCUGAUAGCCUGAGCUCUUCGCAGAGGUUGAGCCCCACGACUAAAGCAAAGAAGGUUCCACUGGGACGAGCUAUGCCUCCACUGGGACCCGAGACGAAGGUUCUAGUUGUGUGGGUUGAGCGCUAUGAUGACAUUGAAAACUUCCCCCUGCCAGAGCUGUUAGCAGAAACAAGUACUGGAGUGGAGACGACGUCCGUCAGGCCGUCAUCUCCGGAAAAGGAUGUUCCCAUCAUCUUUAUCCAUCCGCUGAAAACGGGCUUGUUUCGCAUCAAACUGCAAGGAGUCACGGGGAAGUUCAGCUUGGCCAUCCCGCUGGUUGACGGAAUGGUGGUCAGCCGAAGAGCAUUAGGAUUCUUAGUCCGUCAGACUGUUAUCAACGUUUGCCGACGAAAAAGGCUGGAAAGUGAUUCCUACAACCCACCUCACGUUAGAAGGAAACAGAAGAUCGUCGACAUCGUCAACAAAUACCGGAAUAAGCAGCUGGAGCCUGAAUUUUAUACCUCACUUUUCCAGGAGGUGGGACACGUGAAGAUGAACCCGUGAGGAGGACUAGAAGGAACUCUUUAAGAUUCUCUAUAUUUAUAAACCAUUUUCUUAUUUAUAUGAGCACUUGGAGGCCACAUUCUGUGAAUGAGGAAGACUGAGAGUUGAGUGGCGGUCACGUGUCACACUCGCCUCAAAUCCCCUCGUUGCAGGGAUGCUUUUACAAACCUUCCUUUAUGGACAUUGAUAUAUAUUUUUUUUUGUUUGCGUGUGUUUAUUUAAAUCUCUAUUUUUUAAUUUUGAGGUGAGAGUAUGUGUGUGUGUGUGUGUGUGUGUCUGCGUGUGUGUGUCUGCAAGAGUUAACUUUUCAUGUUUCUUUCCAUUUUUUAUCACCACUUUUUUUUUUUUUUAAUCCUCUUCCUAGUGGCCGUUAGACAAAGGGAUUUGGUAUGGAAGUCUGGAAAAUUGGAGUCCCUGCGUCAUUAACAAUUCUACAGUCACGUAUGCACCUUCAGGUUGUUGUCUUAAGAGGAUAAAAGAAAUGCGAUACUUAGGCUGGAAAUGAUACAAAACGAAUUUAAAGAUGGAAUGUAAUUCGGUGAGCUGCCUUGUUGGGAUGCUCGGCAUCGUGCUGGUCACGUGAAUUCAAACCAGGGUGACAAUUCCUACCACCUCCCACUACACGCCCCCACUGCAGUCUUCUGCACGGGUCUGCUAGAAGAUGAGGGCGGGCGGUUAGCAUGCUUCGUGGUGGAGCCCUCUGGUGGUCAGCGUUACACACAAUCCUGUGCUGCCUCAUUGUGAGAUGACACCAAUCCAUUGUUUUUUCGACUUAAGUGGCUCCCCAAAGUAGAAAAAAAAAUCCGUCUUGAACCAGGGGCUUCAUGGGACAGAGUGACGAUCGAUUGAAAGGUAAAAUUUAACAUUUGCCACUUGCUGUUUGUUUUUGAUUUAUUUGCCCACUUGGUUACACACACAGAUUCCUCUUUUCGGGUCGUGUUUCACUCCUUGUCCUUUUAAGAUUUACAAAUGUCUCUUUCUUUUUCAUAUACCUAAUUCAUGCCCACCAUUCUGAAGACCCCUUUGAUAUUUUUGAAAAUGAAAGAAAAGGCGAGACGGGGGGGGAGCCGCCACUUGUUGCCAUUCAUGUCGUUCUCAUGAAGUACUUAAGGGCUCGACUCAACACCACCGUACGGCACUUUCUGCUCUUGACGCUUGAAGUGUGUUCCUGCCAGUUGGCACCACGGGUGUCGCAGCCACACGACCCAUGGAGGAACUUGUGGGUCACCGGGUGACCCUUAUCCUCUUGCCUGAAGUGCUUAUUUUUAAAAGGCAUAAAAUCAAAAAGGCCUUGGAAGGACCUGGGAUCCUCACACUGAUUACAUUUGCCUUUAUUUAUGAAGUGGACCAUCCGGCGUGUUGCUGGUGUCCGCCACUUCGUUCCUUCUUUCGAAAAUGUUGAGUGCGAGGGUCGAUCACGAAACGAAAGGGUAAAAUGGAGACGUUUGACUGUGGGCCCACUCGCUCUGUCCCGCUCAAAUCCUUGCAGACAAUGCGUUUUUUUUUUUUUUUUUUUUUUUGUUUUUUUUUUACCCCCCAAAGCCAAUUGAGGAGACAAGUGUACAAUCGGACUUUUAGCACGUUCGUCGUUUUCUGUUUGAUUGAAAUGUUUUUAUAUUUUCUGUAAAUAUUUGCAGCCUUUCAAGUGAAAUGUAUAGAAGAGGAAGACUAUCUGUAAAUAUGAAGAUGUUUCAUUCCACCGCCACCAAAUUCCCACCCCACCCACUCCCCCCCUAGUCUGUUGAUUAGGAAAGGCACAAAGGCUUGUAUGAAUUUAUGCUGAACACACAGUAUGUGUCCAAAAAAACACGUUGGAUAUUGAAUGUAAUACAUAGCGAUAUACUGAAUAAAGUUUUAAACUCCUUCUUA